CCCAUCGCGCUGCUAGGUGCGCGCCAGCCUCGCGAUAGCCUCGCCUACUAGAAUCAGAGCUCCUCUCGCGAAGUGGAUGCUGACAGGCGCGCGGUGCGGUCAUCAUGCAAAGGUUACAUUGGAUCCGUUUCAGCGAGUGUCUAAGGAAGCCGCUCCUCCGCAGGACCCUUACGGGUCACAAAAUGCGAGACGUCUAGGAACACAAAUCCGCUGUAACUCACGUUUACUGGCCUGUUUGGUUACAGCAGGUGUCAAACGAUGGACGCAAGUUUGGGAUUUCCGCGAACGACAGUGUGUACGCUGGCUCCUCUCGGCGGUAAAGUGGCUUCAUGAGUGUCCAAAGUAACAGUGGAAGUGGUGGUGGAAGUUUGGAGGCGACGCCAUCUUGGUCGCAGCUCUCCUCGUCCCCAACGUUUUCUCAACAACAUAUAACGGCGACCGCAAAGAGCAAGGAAGGCCCCAUGGAGGAGCUGCACAGCCUGGACCCCAGGAGACAGGAGCUGCUGGAGGCCAGGUUCACAGGAGCUGUCAGUGGUAACACAGUAGGCAGCACUGGGAGCACCAGCGGAGGGGCUAAGGGUCUGGCCAAUGAGUCCUCUAACCACAGCUAUGGCAGUCUGGGUUCCUCUAGCGACAAGGAGUCAGAGAACUCUGAUUUGAAAAGAGGGAGCUCCCCUGCCUACUCAACCCCGGAGAAGAAGCACUCUGAAUCGUCAAGAGGGAGGAAAAGAAAAGCUGACACCUAUUCAGAGAGUAGUCAAGGGAAGACCUCCACACGUGGGCCCAAGAUCAGCGACUACUUUGAUUUCCAGGGUGGAAAUGGUUCCAGUCCAGUCAGAGGCCUUCCAUCAGCACGGCGCUCUCCACAGAACUCGCACUCUGCCCCGGGCUUAAUCAUCCGGCAGAAUAGCUCCUCUCCUACGGGUCUGUGUUUUGGGGAACACAACCCCAAAGCAUCCUCCAGCAAGUUUGUCCAGACGGAGUUAACAGGCCUGAAACUUGCUGCUCUGGAGAGCAACAAGAGUCUGGACCUGGAAAAAAAAGAGGGGCGAAUCGAUGACCUGCUCAGGGCUAACUGUGACCUGCGGAGACAGAUAGACGAACAGCAAAAACUCCUGGAGAAAUACAAGGAGAGGCUCAAUAAGUGCAUCACCAUGAGCAAGAAGCUGCUUAUAGAGAAGCUCUGUUUUGGUCCACAACUCCUGAGGGGAAAAUUUCUGUCUUUUUGGAGCACUCAGGAGAAGCAGUCGUGUCGGGAGAAGAGCAUGCAGGACCGUCUCCGUCUCGGUCACUUCACCACUGUCAGACAUGGAGCGUCCUACACAGAACAGUGGACCGACGGAUACGCAUUCCAGAACCUGAUCAAGCAGCAGGAGGGCAUCAACCAGCAGAGGGAGGACAUAGAGCGACAGAGGAAGCUGCUGGCCAAGAGGAAGCCUCCAAACCCUGCAUCGCCCUCCGUCUCGGUGGCCUCCACCUCUGAACCCAAGCAGCGCAAAACCAAGGUGGUCAACGGCAACGACUCUGACCCCUUCCUCAAGCCCUCCCUGCCCCAGCUACUGACACUUGCUGAGUACCACGAGCAGGAAGAGAUCUUCAAGCUUCGCCUUGGGCAUCUGAAGAAGGAAGAAGCUGAGAUCCAAGCAGAGCUAGAGCGGCUGGAGAGAGUGAGGAACCUCCAUAUCAGAGAGCUGAAGAGGAUAAACAACGAGGACAGCUCAGCGUUUAAAGACCAUCCAACCCUGAAUGAGAGGUACCUGCUGCUGCACUUGCUGGGCAGAGGCGGCUUCAGUGAAGUCUAUAAGGCUUUUGACCUGUUUGAGCAGCGCUACGCAGCUGUUAAAAUCCACCAGCUCAACAAGAACUGGAGAGAGGAGAAGAAGGAGAACUACCACAAGCAUGCAUGCAGGGAGUACCGGAUACACAAGCAGCUGGACCAUCCCAGAAUAGUCAAACUGUAUGACUAUUUUUCGCUGGAUACUGACACGUUCUGUACCGUUCUGGAGUUCUGUGAAGGCAACGACCUGGACUUCUACCUGAAGCAAAACAAGCUGAUGUCAGAGAAGGAGGCCCGCUCCAUUGUCAUGCAGAUUGUCAGCGCCUUGCGCUACCUCAAUGAAAUCAAACCCCCCAUCAUCCACUAUGACCUCAAACCUGGUAACAUCUUAUUGGUGGAUGGUACUGCGUGCGGAGAAAUCAAAAUCACAGACUUUGGCCUGUCUAAGAUAAUGGAUGAUGAUAACUAUGGCGUGGAUGGGAUGGACCUCACAUCACAGGGAGCAGGCACCUACUGGUACCUUCCUCCAGAGUGUUUUGUGGUGGGGAAGGAGCCACCUAAAAUCUCCAACAAGGUGGACGUCUGGUCUGUGGGAGUGAUCUUCUUCCAGUGCCUCUACGGACGCAAGCCGUUUGGUCACAACCAAUCACAGCAGGAUAUUCUCCAGGAAAACACCAUCCUCAAAGCCACAGAGGUCCAAUUCCCUACUAAACCACAGGCUAGCACAGAAGCCAAGGCAUUUAUCCGGCGCUGUCUGGCCUACCGCAAGGAGGACAGGUUCGACGUUCACCAACUGUGCUCGGACUCCUACCUCCUCCCUCACAUGAGACGCUCAAACUCCUCCGGCUCCCUGCAGCCCUCCGGCUCAUCUCUCCCUACCUACUGAUUGGCUCUCUCACAUGACUGACUGGACCCUCUGGCCAAUCUCACGGCAGGAUUGUCAGAAAGGGAGGACAAUGGAUGUGGAUCGGGUUUUAUUUGUUUUUUUUUUUUUUUACUUGAGCUGUUCCCAAAUGGAUACAUUAGCAACAGAGGAGAAUUAAACGUGAGAUGGAAAAGUGUGAAGUGGAAGGGGGACACUCCCUAUGCAUGUGUUGUACAGAGUUGUGCUUGAACUCAAAUGUUUGAGAUGGGGGGGGGGGUAAAGAACAAAACUGGAAAAUAGAAGGAAAGUGGAAAGGGAGAGAGAGGAGAAUUACAAGAGUCUUUGUGUUUGGAGAAGAAAAGAAAAUGAUGAAGCUAGUAGAUCUCUUUAUGGACUUUAUGGAAUCCCUUAGGAGACAUUUCCACAGCUAUAGGGGCUCCUAGAUGCCCGGUCCAAGGCCACCUGUUUUAGUUCUACACCAUAAUACACCUUACAAGAUGGCUUAGAUUUUACUCAACUUAAAACCGCUGUUAUAGAUGUUCUCCUGCUGCUUAUUUGAGGGUGGCGUUGACGAAGAAAAGGGUGAACAGGUGUGCGUUGCAGAGAAGGUAUCUGUACAUUAAAGAUGGACUACUUGUUCAAGUCAACUCUGCAAUCCAUUGUUAUAAGGCACAAAACGAUGGUUACAUCUCAUUGAACUGACCCUUGUAGUCCCCUCUGCACACGACAAGAGUUAACGUAAAAGUAACAUUUGAUGGGACUCUACUAAAAAAAAAAAAGCUCCAGAUUAAAUUUCUGGGGUCGAUUUGCACUUCCGGUCCAGAUCUGGUCCUGAUCUGGGCUCACACAUUUGGCAUGAAGUACUACAGCGAGGGCUAGUUCUGGACUCAGCAGCCAAGUCCUCGGGUUCACACUUUUUGUUUCAUCGCAAAGCGAUUCAGUUCUACUGCUGAGUUUACAGGAAGUGGAUCUGUGAAUCUGUCUUAAUCCAUUUUCGUUGUUCAGAUGAGACUCACCGUGUUUCAAACAGUAGAGUAUUACAGCACCACGUUGUCAUAGAUGUCCUCAUCAAGCUGCCUGAAGUUGGACUGAACUGAGAGGGGCUGGAUCAGCUGUUACUGUACUGCAAAAGACUAAGACAGAAUUUAGUGUACAUUUCACCUGCAGGAGACCUUACCCACUAGCCAAUACAUAAUAAUGAGGCUUAUCCUUGCUUCCCAGUGUCUCACUUUGCUCAGUUUCUUUGAGUUUCCCUUCUGAAAGCUGUUCUCAGUUUGCUGCUAUAAAUGUUGCUUUUAGUUUGUAACGUGUGAAUGGUUUUCGCCUUGCAUAUGUGCAUACUUGAACUGUGUUAAGAGGAACACUCUCCAGAGCCCCUUUUCUGAAACGGACACCCGCUGUGCUGUUUGGGGAGGGGGGGAUGCAACACGUUCCUCUGCCACCAACAUCAAUGUCCACACGGGUUUUUGUUUACUUUCAUGUAAAAGUCCAACAGACAUUAUAUGGAGCAAAGUCCCAGUAUACUGUGUAGUUAGGGAUGGCCUGUUCAUACCAUUAGAAGUGGGCGCGCUCCAGGUUGGCUGUGCUGCAGCAUGAUGUACUGCAGCUAGAAAUCAAGUGGAUAUAUCCAAAUGUUGUCGUCCUGUAAAUAAAACACUUACCUGUA